CUGUCAGUAUUUGAAGAGUGGUGGAAGAGAGCCUAAAAGUAGCAAUAAUACUACAAUGUAAAAUUAUUCCAGUAUCAAAAGUGAAAGUACUCGUCGCCCCCUCUGACCAGUCACGUGCACAUAUAUCUUAAAGGGGGCUUGAAUACCUGCCCGUUUGGCUUCCCGAGAGAGAAAGUUCCUCUUUUCUGGGGUGUUUUUAAAAAAUAUAUAUAUAUUCCUGCUACAUCCAGAGUGACAUAAUAUACUCAGAAUCUCAUCUUGUUUCUGAGUGUAGCUGACAGAGGAUUUAUAUCAGUAUAUGUUAGGGUUAAAAGUUUACCUCGAGGUAAAGUGGCUGUUGCUGACGGAACUCACGGGGACUUCACGAGGUGAUUAUUGUCAUCGCACAUCUCAUGCAAAGCUGGUGUGGAUACUGUCACGUAACACGUCUCACCAAGUUUUUUACGUUAGUUAUAAAGUUGUAAAAAAGAUUAGCAUCCUUAUCCUCCAUAAACUACAAGAUAAUGAUACACUCAACAAGUACAACGACGUUUUCCUCCAUAAACAGCCAAUGAGCAGAAAGUCCUCAAAUCUCCUUGUUACCUGUUGCACAGGUAGGAUGGAAGACUCCAGCGGUCUACUUACCACUGAGAGGGAACCAGUUCCUCUGAAGAGCAUUGAAGUGGAGCUGGAGGUGAGGGACCAUGUGGCUACACUGGUCUCCACUCUGCUCUACGAGAACAAGGAGGACAAACCACUGGAGGCUGUUUUUGUCUUCCCUCUGCCUGGAGAUGCUGCUGUCUGUCAUUUCAGUGCUAAGAUUGGACAAACACAGAUUGUAGCUGAGGUGAAGGAGAAACAGGAGGCUCAUGAGGAGUAUGAUGAUGCACUGAGCUCUGGUCAGCAGGCCUUCCUAUUGGAGGAGAGUGAUCAGAGCCCGGAUAUAUUCUCUCUGAGUGUGGGCAGUCUGCCUCCAGGAGAGAGUGCCUCCAUCAGGCUGGAGUACGUCACUGAGCUGGCUGUGCAGGCUGAUGACGGGCUGAGGUUUUGUCUGCCUGCUGUGCUCAACCCUCGCUACCAACCUCAGGGUAGUGAAGGUGGCAGCGUCCAGGUGACAUCUGUUCCAGCCUCUCUGGUGCCCUACAGUCUGUCUUUCUCUGCCCGGGUGUCUUCUCCUCGUCCAAUCUCUAAAGUGGAGUCCAACUGCUCCCUGGACCCUCUCCAGUACCUCAACACAGAGCAAACUCAGGCCACGGUCAAGUUGGCUGCAGGACACAAGUUCGACAGGGAUGUUGAACUGUUGAUUUAUUACAAAGACGCCCACCAGCCCACUGCUGUGGUGGAGGCAGGACAGGCCUCUGCCAAGCCUGGCACUCUGAUGGGUGAUCCAGUGGUGAUGCUGAGCCUGUACCCUGAGUUCCCCCAGGCUGUGAUGUCUUCAGUCGCCUCAUGUGGAGAGUUUGUGUUCUUGAUUGAUCGAUCUGGAAGUAUGGAUUGUUGUAUGGGCAACAGCAACCAGCAAGAGACUCGCAUUGGCAGUGCCAGGGAUACUCUACUGCUCCUGCUGAAGAGUUUACCAAUGGGCUGCUACUUCAACAUCUACGGUUUCGGGUCUAGCUAUCAACACAUCUUCCUUAAGAGUGUGGAGUACAAUGAGAAGACUAUGGAAGAGGCUCUGAAGAAAGUUGAGGAGAUGGACGCUGAUCUGGGAGGAACAGAGAUCCUGGAGCCCCUCAAACACAUUUACAGCCAGCCCUGCGUUCCCAGUCAACCAAGACAACUGUUUGUCUUUACUGACGGCGAGGUGGAGAACACCAAAGAAGUUAUAAAUCUGGUGAGGGACAACUCAGGCUCCCACAGGUGUUUCUCUUUUGGGAUCGGGGAAGGAGCCAGCUCUGCUCUUAUCAAUGGGUUGGCCAAGGAAGGAGGAGGUCACGCUCAGUUCAUCACAGGAACUGACAGGAUGCAACCAAAAGUGAUGCAGUCGCUGCGAUUUGCUCUGCAGCCAGCUGUAGUGGACAUCUCAGUCACAUGGGAUUUACCAAAGGCAGUGUCUGUCACUGUCCUCUCUCCACCCAUCACAACAAUUUUCCAGGGUCAAAGGUCACUGAUUUAUGCCCAGCUCACUGGACAGAGUCCAGAGGCAGCAGAAGGCUGUGUGACAGUGAAGUACAGCCUGGCAGGUCAUGCAUCUCAGAACCAGCUCCGCUUCAGUCUCAAACCUGCAGAGGACACUGGACUAACAGUCCACAGGUUGGGUGCUCGGACUCUGAUUCGCUCCCUGGAGAUAGAGGAGAGAGAGGAUGGAGAAGAGCAAGAUGGAGUGAAGCAGAAGGUGGUGGAGCUCAGUGUCCAAUCAGGAGUGAGCAGCUCCUUCACUGCCUUCAUUGCCAUCAAUAAAGGCGACGGCCAGGCAAUUCAAGGGCCUCUGUUGUUUAGAAAUGAUCUAAUGUUAGGAUGCAGUUUGCGUGAUUUUUCUCUGGGGUUCGAUGAGGAUUCAUGUGAUUCAGGUUUUGGCGGCUUUGGCUGGUCCCGCAAGUUUGGUGCCUCAUUUCAGAGCCAUGGAAAGUCUGUAAAGAAGAAACUGAAAUCAGUUUUCAGCAGAGUUGGAGGCUUCUUUAAGGGUGGUCAGAAAGCAUCAUGUCAGAGCAAUGAGACAGAUUUAAGCGAGGAUGCAGCCUUUAAGCCCAAGCAGCCACCCAGAGACCCUUUGCUGCAGUUGGUGUCUCUGCAGGAGGCGUCUGGCUGCUGGGUGCUAGAUCCAGCUCUGGCUGCUGCACUGGGAAAGACCAGCGAGGAGCUGGAUAAGCCAAAACCUGCAUUGGUGAACAAGGAAGUGUGGGCCACCAUUCUGGCUCUGAUCUGGCUUCAUGGUUUCAAGUCAGAUGUUCAGGAUGAAUGGGAGCUUCUGGCUAUGAAGGCUGUGUCAUGGCUCCGUGCUCAGAAAGCACCAUGUGUGACAGAGUGUAUAGAGGCUGGAAAUGCACUGCUGGGAUGUGAGGUGCAGAAAGAUGCUCUGGUGAUUUGAGAUUUCAUUCCACUGGCCUCUACUGAGUCAGAAACAAACCCUCAUUGCAACUUCACUCCUUCUUUCAGAACAUUAAACUUUAAGUUGCCAAGAUGAUACAAUUAACGCAGACAAGACAAUAAUGGAGUUUGAAAUGAGAUUUGCCAAAAACGACAAAAGCCCUGGUUCAGACGGAUAUAUCAGUGCAUUUUAUAAGGCUUUCUCAGAUCAAAUGACUUCAUUACUAGCUACUGAUGACAAUCACUGAUCAAUGUUACACAUAAAAAGUGUAAAGAGGGGGAGGCCUAUUGCACAAAAUGACUAUAGAUUGCUUACAUCUAUUUUUGCAAAAAGAGAAGGAACUGCAAUAAAACACAUUAUACAUCCUGAUCUAACUGGGUUUAUUACUAAUGAGAAGAUUCUGAAUAUUAUAACUUCAUUUCCAGAGUAGAGAGAAUAUGGCUUUAGCUUUAGAGACACAAAAAGCCUUUGAUCAGGUAUCACGGCCUUGAAUUUGAUUAAAUGGGUACAAAACAAAUAUUCAACUAACCAUAAGAACAAAUGGUCAUUUAUCUCAGCCUUUCAGUAUUGAGAGAGGAGUAUGUCAAAUGUUCUUCUUUUUACCAUCAGUAUUGAACCCUUUCCAUGAUAAGAUUAAAGCCAAAUAUUAAAGGUAUAAAAAUCAGAGAUGAAUAGCACAGAAUCAUUUUGUAAGUGGAUGGCAAAUGAAAAAAAAAACAACAAAAAAACUUUUGUUAAUGGAUUAGGCUGACUAUUUUCUAUAUUUUCUUAUUGUCAACAAAUCUAUUGUGUGUGUUUCCAAAGCCUGAUAUACCAUAUUCCUCUGUUUCAUAGACCUGAAAGGCUACGUCAAAGUCGAUGACUUUCAUCCUCAAUGGCUGACAAAGUUAGUCCACCAUCAUCAUUUUUUCUUGCUUUACAUCUGCAUGAACAAUCUCUACACUGUCUAGAAACUGCAGAGCUGUAGCCUACUGAAAUCAUGAAUGAUAUAUUCAUAUAACAUGAAUAACUCAGUGUUCAUUUAUGAUUUUUAAACAAUCGUGAAAAAAAAUGUGUGCCUUAAAAGAGCUAAGACUAGAGGGUUUCAUCCUGUAAGCUUUUUUUUUAUGACUGAUAGAAGGUGUAUUUUCACCUAAAUACCAACUUUUAAAUGGUCGUUUGAGUGUAAUAUUAGAUUCAAUGACAUAUAUGUACUGUAACUGUGAUAAUAGAAGUUUGUAUAGAAUUGAUUUAUUUAUUAUUGAUCUUUCCAUAAGCCAUUAAAACUGUUUUACUUUUUUCCAGUGAAGUGUAACAAGAUUACAAAACAAAUAAAUGGGUAUGACUAAUUGCCUUUUUCCUUGGUCCACUUUUCAGGUGUGUCACAUAUGUUCAACCUUUGAUUAAAUACAUUGUUUUUAUUUAGUUUUUUCUUGAUUUAAUAUUUAUUAUUGAGUUUGUGUGUUAGCGUUACUACUAUAGUGGUAGUAUGUUGCACUGUAUGUUUUUCAUAUGACAUCUGCUGUCUGACCUGACUCUUAUUUGUCACUGUGAAUGGGUGACCAAACUAGUUUCCCCUCUGAUGAAUAAUAAAGUUAUCUGACAUAAUCUAAUCACA